UUGAGAUCGAAUCUGGUUUGGAAAUUGUAAAGUAAACAAAAAAUGUGUUUUCUUGUUUAAUGCUUUACUGCCAAAUUUGCUGAUAAAAAGUGUAGAAUAUUUUCAAUAGUGGCUUAAAAAUGUUUUCACAAAUUAUAAUAAGAGAAAUUAUGCACUCUACUCCUUCAAAAUGCAUUCUAUCAUCAACACCUUAUUAUAAUUCAUUUAAUCGUUGCAAAACAAACGUUGCAGCACAUCUAAUUCCUGAGCAAAUACUUAAACCUACAAAAAAAAGUUCAUCAGCUGCAGCUUUACGUAUUAAAACAAUCAACAAAGCUAUGAAAGCUUACUUGGAAAGAUCAAAACACUAUGAAGAUUUCUUGAAGGUGAAAAAUGAUGAAUUCGAAAUAGGCAAACAACAUCUUGCUAAUAUAAUGGGAUUAGAUGCCGCAACGUUGACUCAAGAAGAUGUCGACAAAGCAGUCGAGUAUUUACUGCCAUCUGGUCUAUACGAGAAAAAGGCUAGACCGUUGAUGAAACCACCAAAGGAAUUAUUUCCGAAGGAAAAAGCUGCUCAGUUUGAUAAUAGUGGAAGACCUUUUAGUUCUUUUUUUUAUACGAGGAAGAGCAAUUAUCAUGCAUCUCUUCAUGUAUUGGUUGGAAAGUUUCGGGAAUUAGAUGAAUUUGAAGAUAGAAUGAUUGCAAAGGGUAUUCUUGCACCUCCUGAAGAAUCAAUAUUUAAGUUAGGAGGUGGAGACUGGAUUACGCAUGAAGAGCUAAAUAACAGAUUUUUAGAAAACCUUCAUGAGAAUGAUUAUGAAUUUCUGAAAACUACACUAACUCGUUUGAGUGAACAUCCAUAUUCAUUUCGCUGUAAAGAUGACAUUAUGAAAUAUCGCAAAGAAUUUGUUGAUUUAGGAUCACUUGAAACUAUUCCAGAACUUAUGCAUGAUGCAGAUGGUAGACCAUACAUGGAAGCCGAAGGUAAAAGAAAGAAUUGUGUAGCCAAAGUUAUUGUUAGAGGAAAUGGAACUGGUAAGAUUAAAAUCAAUGGUUUUGAUAUAUUUUAUUUCCCAAGAUGGAAUGACCGAGAACAGAUUAUGUUUCCUCUUGUGUUUACAGAACUGUUAGGCUUAGUGGAUAUUGAAGCUGAUGUGAGCGGUGUGGGUGAAACAGCACAGUCUGGUGCUAUUCGACAUGGACUUGCUCUUGCUUUAAGGAGCUUUGUUGAUCCUAAUCUUGUUGAGAAAAUGAGACUAGCUGGUUUGCUCACUCAUGAUUAUCGCAAUAGAGGUCGUAAGAUUUAUGGACAGAAGGGUCACAGAGCAAAGUUUACUUGGAAGAAACGUUAAUAUUUUUAAUGAUUUGUUAUUAAUAAAUUGAGUUUUAAUUAA